CCGACUCUUAUCUGGCCUUUAAUUUAUACAUCCCACGCCAUGCUCUUUAUUACCCUAACUUCCUGACACCCAUCUCCAACAAAAGCCAAGUAGUUUCCUUGAACCAAUACCUUAAACAGAAGUCCAAUAAUGCCUCCUGUGCACUCUAGCCCGUUCUACCGAAUGGAGAAUCCGGCAAUACUGUCUUUCCUCCGGCAUAGCACUCCGGGUGAGAAACGCACAAAGUCCACCGGCGGGCUCCUAAAAAUGUUCAAGCUCUUCCCCAUGUUGACCUCAGGGUGCAAGAUGGUGGCACUUCUGGGAAGACCCAGAAAACCUUUACUCAAAGACAAUGCGACGACGGCGACCAUUUUUGGUUAUCGGAAAGGGAGAGUAAGUCUAGCCAUACAGGAGGAUCCUCAUUGCAUGCCGAUCUUUGUCAUAGAGCUACCGAUACACAGCAGUGCUUUUCAUAAGGAAAUGUCGUCGGAUGUUGUCAGGAUCGCGCUAGAGAGUGAAACAAAAACUCACAAGAAGAAACUGUUGGAGGAGUUUGUUUGGGCGGUGUACUGUAAUGGGAGAAAGAUAGGGUACUGUAUUAGGAGGAAGCAGAUGUCUGAGGAUGAGCUUCAUGUCAUGCAGCAUUUGCGAGGGGUCUCAAUGGGUGCUGGGGUUCUUCCAUGCCCGUCUGAGAAAGAAACUGCCGAUGGGGAAUUGACCUACAUAAGAGCCAGAUUCGAGAGAGUUGUUGGAUCAAAAGAUUCCGAGUCUUUGCACAUGAUAAAUCCAGAUGGUGCAGCAGGCCCAGAAUUGAGCAUUUUCUUUGUAAGGGCUAAUUAGAGUUUAUAUAUGUUCCUUUCCCGAGCCGAAUUUCCAGCAAUAUGCCGAAAACGAGCUUAGCUUUUAUGGGUGGGGGGGCAAAUGGGCGAGUUAUUCGAGACCUGUUCUAGCAGGUGCACUUAUAACAACUUUCUCACAUUUAUCAGCAGUGAAAUCGUUCUUUUCUAUAUAUGUUUAUAUAUAUUUUAAAGAAAGCUUUUUAGAUGUUACAUAAAAAAUCAUUUUCUCAAGCUUUUUGCUUGUUCAAUAUGAUAUUUAAAGGAAAUAUUUCACCAUGGGUUUGUGGUCUCGCCUAUAUAUAUAUAUAUAUAUAUAUAUAUAUAUAUAUAUAUAUAUAUAUGGUUACUUAAUUACCACUUGUAUGGCCUAGCUAGUGUGAAGUAAAUGCCUGCCUUGCUUCCUUGGAAUUGAUUUCCAGAACUAUAUAUGUCACUGAAUUUUCUUCAGAAU